UACAUAAUUUGUAUAAGCUUUCAAAUCAAUAAAAAUGGGAGAAGAACAGUUCGGUGUUCGUCACGUUAUAGGAGCACCAAUUGCAACUACAAGAUUAUCUGAACAGGCUAUAGUAUGUAUGCCACCGAGAUCUGCAAAGUUCACAUUAGCAGAAUGGAAGUUGAGCAACGACAUGCGAUGCCGGAACACCGAAGACCAGCAGCAGCUAGCAGACCGUGUCCUCAGGGAAUCGGAAAGAAUAAGAGAAGAAACCGCCGAACGUGCUGACAUUAUGAAGGCCACUUCAGAUCGACGCAUAGAAGAACGCAUCGGCGAUAUAGAGUUCAAUAAAAAUGAACUGCAAAUUCAGAGAAAAGAAAUUUGCCUUGAACUGGAAGCUUUGGGCGUCUAUAAAACUCGUUUGCAAGAUUGCCUUGCUUCCUUACAGUCUAAUGCUCUUACUAUAUGCCGUAAGUGUUUGAUGUUAAGAGACGGCCGGAUUGGUAUCGAUUUAGUCGUCGAUGAGGUGGAACAUGCCCUCCAACAAGAGAUCACUACGAUCCUCGGUGGCCAGAGUCUUCUGAAGCGAGCUUUAGAACAAUUAAAUGAACAAAUGCGACGUCUCCGGUCAACUAGAUACCUUCUCGACCGAGACCUUCAGUACAAACAAGCAGCAAUUGAUCUAGAUCAAGGAUCACUAUCUCUGAAACCAACUAAUCUAUGCCUCUCUGUUUACGAAGGCUAUGCUAAUCUUGACCCAGCAAAUAUAUCAGCUGAUGAAUAUAACGCAUAUUCCGCAAAAAACAUACAAUUAGCUGCCAGAGAAGUUACCAGUGCUCGUCCCAUACGAGUUUUUAUUGAUACUCUGCUGAAGCAAGUUAUUGAUGAUCUUUGGGGAGCCUUCAAUAAGUGUAAUCACGAAUUUAAUGAACGCAUUGAAGAUACGAAACGUGCGAAGGCAAAACUCGAAGAUAUGCAUAGGGAGACGACCCAGAAGAUUUCUGAUAUGCAAAACAAUAUAUUGCAGUUGCAAAAAGCUCUAGCGGAUAAGGAAGGCAAUACUGCAUUGGCUCAUACAAGACUGGGAAGGAGGGCGCAGAGAGUGGGUGCUGAGUUAGUACGUGAUCCACCUGGGCAAUCUCUUUACUAUGAAUGUGAAAUGCUACGUCAUAGCACAGAGCAACUGCAGCAGAUGCUACAUGAAGCCAAUGCUUCCUUACGUUACCUUCUACAAACACAAAUCCAGCUCGAAGAAGACAUAAAUGUCAAAAUGAACACAUUGAAAAUUGACGAAGUGGAUUGCAUGACGCUACGUACUACGAUGGAUUACCACGCUUAUUAA